CAAAAUAUCCCAGUCAGAGGCAGAAGGGGUGGAAGAAGUGGCAGAGGUUCAAGACUGAUGUUUACUAACAGUAACAAUAGACAGCAAACUGUACAACAGCAGCAGACAGUUUCUCAGAGUCAGCACUUGAACAAGGCCAGGCAGCAGGCGCUUUUAUUGAGGGAAAAGCAACUGGCCAUUAAAAAUCUACAGCAGGCACAGAAAAAUGUACAAAGCAUUAACCUGGCUAUUCAGAAAACAGCAAGGGACGGUGUUGUUAAUCAGCUGCGAGGUGUGAAUAGCAUUCAGGGUAGUGAACAAGGAAGGCAAAGAAAAGGGAGGCUACUCUCAGCAUUGAUAUCACGAGGAGAUAAUAAUAUGGUGAACAACUUGCAGCCAACAAGGCAGCUGACUAACACAUCGGUGACGAUAAAUAACCCAUCUCUGUUAAGCCCUGUUGUAUCUGGCAGACAGAAGAGGAGAUGGAGAAGAAAAAAUGUGAACCAGGCUACUUCAGAACAUUUCACCAUUCAAGUCGCAAACCAGAAUUUGCAGCCUACAAAGAAACAACAGCCCUCCAUUUUAAAUCAGUUAAAGUCUCUAAAGCCUGCUGUUUCCACAACGUACAAGUUUCAGAAAAAUGUAUUUGCAGCACCAUCUACUGGCGUGAGUCUUAGUGACAGAUUUUCUGGUACAACUUCCACCGAUGUAGAUGAUGAUGUCACAGGGGAGAGACAGGUUUUCAUUUGA